AUGAGCGACCAUCCAGUCAUGCAGGUCGAGGACAAGAUCGUCCCCGGACCUUCUGUCGCCAGCAACGAGACAGUCGUAGAGGAGACGGCGGUCAUUAGACAAGAUGUGACUGUCAUUACAACAACAGACGAGGCUACAGGCCCCAAUUCAGCCUCGAGCAGCACCGCCAAUCCCACUUCACCAACCACUACUGCCCCACGACCACGACUCAAGAAGGACAACAGCACGCCCAACAUGAACGGGCCACUCUACAUGCAGACUGCCGGGAACAAGACAGUGCUUGUCCGCCGACUUAAGCGCAAGGAGGAGAGCACCUGGAAGCAUCUCUCGCGCUGGUUUGUCGAGAACCAAAUCGGCCUCUCUUUUAACCUCCUCGCUCUCAUCUUUCUCGCCCAGACCUUUAUCCCCAAAGCUCGAGAACACACACAUAAAUUCUUCCAUCUCAGCUACUACAGCUCUCAGUCCGGCCAGUAUCGCAUCGGUUACGAUGAUGCCUAUUUCAUCACCUUCUGCGUUAUUCUCUUCACCGGUCUUCGCGCCGCCACCAUGGAAUACGUUCUUGCACCCAUUGGUCGACUCCAAGGCAUCAGCAACCGCAAGAACCUGACUCGAUUCAGCGAGCAAGCUUGGCUUAUGGUAUACUAUACUGUCUUCUGGCCGUGGGGCGUGUACAUUUAUUGCACUUCCCCUCACUAUAUGAGCAUGGAGAAUCUCUGGACCGACUGGCCCAACCGCGAGCUCGACGGUCUCAUGAAGGCCUAUCUCCUCUGCCAGUGGGCCUUCUGGCUGCAGCAGAUGAUUGUUAUCAACAUUGAGGAGCGCCGUAAAGACCAUUGGCAGAUGUUUACCCAUCACAUUGUCACCACCGCUCUUAUCUUCGCCUGCUACACUUACCACCACACCCGUGUCGGUAACUUCAUCCUAGUUAUCAUGGAUGUUGUUGAUCUGUUCCUCCCCCUCGCCAAGUGCCUCAAGUACUGCGGCUUCAAGAAAGUCUGUGAUGUCAUGUUUGGCCUCUUUGUUGUUUCGUGGUUCAUUGCUCGCCACGUUUUAUACAUUGCGGUCUGCUGGUCCAUCUACUCAGACACUCCCCGGAUCAUGCCCACUGGCUGCUUCAAGGGGAACAAUGAGAAUAUGAUUGGUCCCAUUGACCCUCCAGUCGGCUGGAAAUAUCUGGUCGACCCUUUCAUCAACCCUGAAGGCCUCGUUUGUUAUAAUGAGACCAUCAAGUGGAGUUUCCUUGCUCCCCUCCUCUUCCUCCAAGUCAUUACUAUCGGCUGGUUUACCAUGAUCGUUCGCGUCAUUAUCAAGGUCCUGAAGGGAGGCGAUGCUGAAGAUGUCCGAAGUGACGAUGAGGGUGGCGAAGAAGAGGAGGAAGAGGAGUUUGUGUACGAAGAGGCACAGCCCUUGGAGGAGGAGGUUGGCGUCGAAGAGCUCGACCUCCGAAACUGGGAGCGACGAUCAGGCGUUAAGAAACAAGCUAGCAGCUCAGGAGUGAGCCUCCCUGGCCACAGUGAUCGAAAGGAGUUGUUAGGUCGUAUUGGCUGCGAGAAGCAGGUCGACUAG